GUCAGACGGGAGAGGUCCAGACACUGGUGGGAAGAGGGCUUGGGACAGCUCCUGGAAGGAUGAAAAAAGGCGCUGUCCUCGGGAUCUGUGACAGAGCGUGGCCACCCCUGUGCUCCUGCAUCACCGCGAAGCUCCAGGAGGGAGGGCGGAGGGCUGUAAUCGAAGUACAAGAUGGCAAAAACCAGCCAUAGCAACUAUGUCCUUCAGCAGCUAAACAAGCAAAGAGAGUGGGGCUUUCUGUGCGACUGCUGCAUCGCUAUCGAUGAUAUUUAUUUUCAAGCACAUAAAGCAGUCCUUGCUGCCUGCAGCGCCUAUUUUAGGAUGUUUUUUAUGAACCAUCAAAACACUACAGCCCAGCUGAAUCUAAGCAACAUGAAGAUUAGCGCUGAAUGCUUUGAUCUUAUUUUACAGUUCAUGUAUUUAGGAAAAAUUAUGACAGCCCCUGCCAAUUUUGAGCAAUUUAAAGUGGCCAUGAACUAUUUACAGCUGUAUAACGUACCUGAGUGUCUAGAAGAUAUACAGGAUACAGACUCAUCUAGUUUAAAAUGUUCAUCUCCUGCUUCUAGCACCCAGCCUAGUAAAAUGAUAUUUGGUGUGAGAAUGUAUGAAGACGCGCUUGCUAGAAAUGGCAGCGAAGCAAAUAGGUGGGGCAUGGAGCCACCAAGUUCAACAGUAAAUACAUCCCAUAACAAAGAGCCUGAGGAAGAAACUUUGCACCUCAACAGCUUCCCCGAGCAACUGUUUGAUGUCUGCAAAAAAAGCACCACGUCCAAAUUCUCCCACACGAAAGAGCGCGUGUCACACUCGCGCCGGUUUGGAAGGAGCUUCACCUGCGACAGCUGCGGGUUUAGUUUUAGCUGUGAAAAGCUACUGGAUGAGCACGUGUUAACAUGCACCAACAGGCAUUCCUACCAAAGUGCCAGGUACUACAGUGCUGAGAAAAUAGACUUUAGUGAAAAGAACUCUGCUUCUAAAAUGAUCUCCACACAAACAGAAAAAUACAAGGGGGACUCCAACCACGCUGUGGACGAUUCGUCGUCUCCCGUGUCAAACAUCACGAGCAGAAAAAGCAGCACGGUUGCCUCUGAGACACCAGGUGAAGAAGGAAGUAGAGCCUCUGAGAGGAAGAGGAUUAUCAUCAAGGUGGAGCCAGAGGACAAUCCUACAGAUGAGCUGAAGGAUUUUAAUAUUAUCAAGGUGGCAGAUAAAGAUUGCAAUGAGUCUUCUGACAAUGACGACCUAGAUGAUGAACAGGAAGAGCCGCUUUACAGAUACUACGUCGAGGAAGAGAUGAGAGAGAAGAGAAAUGCUCGGAAGACUCUAAAGCCUCGUUUAUCUAUGGAUGAGGAUGAAAGAAAGUGUUUGAAAAGUCCACGGCACCUUAACAGCAAGGCUCCUUCAGUGCAGGAAGAUGUGGAGAAUGCUCCCUGUGAACUUUGUGGGCUAACAAUCACUGAGGAAGAUUUGUCCUCUCAUUAUUUAUCCAAACACAUAGAAAGUAUAUGUGCUUGUGGCAAGUGUGGUCAAAUACUGGUCAAAGGCAAGCAGCUACAGGAUCAUGCACAGACCUGUGGCGAACCCCAGGAUCUGACCAUGAACGGGAUCAGAAAUUCUGAGGAGAAAAUGGACUUGGAAGAAAACCCCGAGGAGCAGUCAGAAAUAAGGGACAUGAUGUUUGCAGAGAUGCUAGAGGACUUCAGGGACAGUCACUUCCAAAUGAACAGCCUCCAAAAAAACCAGUUAUACAAGCAUUCUGCCUGUCCUUUCCGAUGCCCUAAUUGCGGCCAGCGUUUUGAUACUGAAAACCUAGUGGUUGAACAUAUGUCCAACUGCCUGGAGCAAGAUCUGUUCAAGAACUCCAUGUUGGAAGAGAACGAGAGGGAUCACAGACGUAAGCAUUUCUGCAACCUUUGCGGGAAAGGAUUUUACCAGCGUUGCCACUUGCGGGAACACUAUACCGUUCAUACCAAGGAAAAACAGUUUGUUUGUCAGACAUGUGGGAAGCAGUUCUUAAGAGAGCGCCAGUUGCGGCUCCACAAUGAUAUGCACAAAGGCAUGGCCAGUAGUGAAAUAGGGACUUCUAAGCUUCUGAACAACUGAGAGAACCAGAUUUGGAGAAGACAUGAGGAAGAACUGGUCGGCAAAAGAUUUCAUAAAAACUCAGAACCUCGUGUGCCAGAUCUGAAUUGGCACCACCUUUGCUUUUUUGACAUACUGCAGCAGUCGCAAAAGGCACCAAAGCAGUCAAAUUAGAACAUGCAGUAAAAGUUGUUUUGGACUCUUCUAUGUAUUAUAAAUCUUACUUCCUUGUGACUAUGACUUACAGCUGUAAAAAACAAAUUCAAAGUCUUUCAUGGAGCAGACAGCCAAAAGAGGCAGAUGCCAGGUGUUAAGGGCUGCACUGAAAUGAAUUUGCAAAAUUUCUAUUCACAUGCUGGAGUGCUCCUUUUCUGAAAUGAGGCUUUCUUAGAGUUGCUGUCAAAAACUGUGUAGAUUUUUUAGUUCAAACAUUACAGCAUUACAAGUGUAUACUCAUGCACAAUGCUAAACUAUCAAGUGUUUAAAAAGAAAAGAAAAGAAAAAAAAAAAGAAAGAAAAAAAAAAAAAAAAAGUAAGAGGUGCAAAAAAAUCUUAAAAACUGAGGACAGAGGGUCCCUGAGGAAGGACAGGAUGGUGAGAGAGAUCCAGCUGACUUGAUUUCCCCUGCUGCCAGGAUCAUCAUUUGCAAGCUGAAGAGGACCUUCCAUGGAGCACAGUGCUUGUAUGUGGAGAGUAAAGAAAUAGUGCUCUGGUCUUUUAAAAAGAAUGGUGAAAAUUUUUUAUCAACAAGGAGAUGAGUAAAUGUGAAAUAAUCUUCACAGGGCACAGGGUGCACCUUGUUCUGGAGCUAAGCCUUGCAAAAGCUGGCGUGAAGAAGAGAAUCAGGUGUUCAUGUUCAGAUUUGAACAUUUUAGGAAUACUAAUGUUUCCAGCUAAAUUAAUUGGAGGGGGGGAACCCUAACCAAAAAAGCAGUAAGACAGUAAAUGUUCCAAAUUAGGGCAAGCAUGAAUUAUAAAAAUAUUAAUUUCUUUUGCUUCCCUCAGACAACAGUGGAUCAAAUUAAGACAUGUAAGCAGACUAAACAUGCUGAUUAUAUUCUGCUGUAGUUACGUAUCUUACUAAUUCUACUCAUGAUAUAAAAGGAUGUUUCAUUGUUCACUAUAACUGUUAUCUCAAGAAGAGUCUGUCUAUAAUUUUAUUUAUAAUUGGCAUCAUUUUCAUUACUGUUGUUACGAAGUGUGUACAAUAUUGUCUGUAUUGCAGCUUGUAUAGGGCAUGUGUCUUCUGUGCUUGCUUUACUCUUUUUGAGUUUAUAAAGUUACUAUACAAAUGCAAGAAAAGAUGUUCAGAUAUCUUUGAAUGUGGUUGCUUAAUCUAAUUACGUAGCCCCCCAAUGUUUCAGCAUAUAGAUGUUGAAGGUAUCAGCUCUAUUAACACAUAACACCUUAAACAUUAAUGCAAGUAUUUUAAAAGCCUCCAGUACAGCACUGGAAUGCUGACAAUUCAGUCCCAGUGGCUGUAUGGAGCAAAGGGGAGGAUAAUGAAUACCUGGGCAAAGCCAGAUACCACUGGGGACUCUGCAGGGAGAAGGCACAAAAUAUCUAAGAGCAAAUGGGAUGUCCUUUCUAUAGAACACAUGAAGGACCUUAAGAGUAGGGCCACCACAAAGCAGAGGAGAGAAGGGAAUACAUUUAUAGCAUCGCCUUCAACAGUAUACAAAGUGUAGGACAUCUAGAACAGGCUGUGACUGUUCUGUAACUCAGCAAUUACUUCCAAUCUAUGUAGAGUAUCAGUAAAGACAUUCCAGGUUAGUUAUCAUCAUCUUUAAAGCUUACUCUGUGCUUUGCGACAGUAUCUUUAAUAAAAUGCUCUUACAAA